AUGGAUGCUCUUCGCCGUAGUAGGAGAAACUUGACUGCUGGUGAUCCGGAGUUGGGAGAUUCUGCUAUGGAGCCUGAUUAUACAACAGCCUUGGGUCAAGAUCUUGAGGGUGGGGCUAUUUCGCAGUUGGAUGAGGGGCCUAUUGCAAGUCCAUUUCAUUCUGACAAGGUGGAUUCGGAUUUCGAAGCUGAGCAGGCGAUGUGCCUGGAUAUUCUUGAUGAAGAGGUAUACGACGCUGUACUUGUCAUUGAAUACUGGAGUACCAGUGCACCGGGAUAUCAGGAACGAUAUGACGGUCCCGUGUUAAAGGUUCUUCCGAAUGGGGAGACGCGGUGUGGGUGGAUUCAGGCGUCGGUAUCGUUUGCCGAUGAUGAUGCCCUUAGCGUUGAGGGUUCCUGUGCUGAUGAUGAGUAUCAAACUUCUGAGAAUGACAUUUCUUGGGAGAUUGAUUUUCCGUGUGAAGUGCUUGAGGGUGAUUGGUAUCCAAAUGUCGUUCAAGCUCAUGCUGAGACUGCACGCUUGCGCAAGGCGUUAUCGCAAGAGCUGGGCGGAUGUUGGGAUUCGUUCUGCUUUGAUGGAUUGUUUGGGCAGCUGAGAGCGGCUGAGAAUCAAAGGGAUUGGUAUGAAGGGCUUCUCUGGGAUGAGUUUCUUCGGGGUUCAGAGAUAUCCUUGAGGUCGCUAAGUGCAGUUCCUUUGGGCAGUGAUGAGCCGUUACCGGCUUCAGAGGUGUUCCUUCAAACUAGGACGGUCUCUAUGACGGAAGCUAGGCGGGAACUUCCGUUGUGGAUUCCACCGGCGCAGGAGGAAGUUACGUCUCUUGAGGAUGUCCAUGAAGCAGUGAUUAGAAUACAAGUUCCGGAUAUCGAGGCCCUUGUUAAGGCUGGUCAUCGGGUUGUUCAGGUUCCGGGGAAGGCCGUGCUUACGCGGAAGUCCGGUGUAGGUAAACGUCGGUUUCGAUGCGUGGCAUGUGGGAACUUCAUCCCUCAAAAUGAGAACACCCAGAGCCUCUACACCACUGGAGUUGAGGGUGUGACUUUAAGGGUAGCACUUGCUUAUGCUGCACAUAUGUCUUGGGUUGGCCGGACCGCCGACAUUAAGACUGCAUUCCUGAACGCCCCGUUAGAGGAAGGCUAUGAUAAUGGGACAGAGGAGAUUGUAGUUGUACGCCCUCCUCACAUUCUUGUGGAAAUGGGACUCCUCGGUGUCACUGAUCGGUGGCGGGUAGUUAAGGCCCUGUACGGUCUAAGACAGGCUCCGAAGGCUUGGGCUGUGCACCGGGAUAAGAUUUUAAAGGCUUUUGAGUUCGUGUACAAGGGUUCGCGCUUUGUCCUGAAGCAAGCGAUUGCUGAUGAGUCGUUAUGGUACAUUAUAAAGGCGGACAUCUCGGAUGCUAACAACUAUGCCCUGAUGGUCGUGUACGUCGACGACAUCUUGGGAUUGGGACCGAGGGACCUUUUGGUAUCGCUCUUCGAAGCCAUUAAGAAUAUUUGGACGAUUUCAGAACCAGAGUGGAUUGUCAAGGAGAAAUCUGUAAAGUUCUGCGGCAUUGAGUUGUGGGCACUUGAUGACGGCUUCCGUAUGUCUCAGUCGGAUUACUUGAGGGAGCUAUUCGCGAGGUAUAACAUUUCCACUGGUGCGAGCUGUCCUAUGUCAUCCUGGAGCGAACCGGAACCCGAGGUAGAUGCAACAACAGAUCUGAUCAAGGAAGCCCAAGGGGUCACAGGUGCACUCCUAUGGGCUGCUUCGAAAAGCAGACCGGACAUCAGCUACUCUGUCUGUAAGCUUGGGCAGUACGCAACAAAAUCGCCGGGUAUCGUCGUCAAGGCUGGUAUGCAAAUCCUUAAGUAUCUCUUUGACACUGUAGAGCUGGGCAUUGAAUACAAGCGAACAGCAGGCACAGCUUGGUUGGACACACCAAUCCCGAGAACGGUUGGUACGGUAGAGGUGUUCACUGACGCUUCACACGCGCCGGAGGGGGCUAGAAGCCACCAGGCGAUUAUGGUGAUGUGGCUUGGCAGUCUUAUCGCUUGGGAUUCAUCCCGACAACCUUUCACAACACUGUCCAGUGCAGAGAGCGAGCUGGUGGCCAUAAUAUCUGGGGUGUGCGCGGCGGAAUCAGUCGGGGCUAUCUUGGAGGAAUUAGUUGCUGAAGACCUUGUGGUAUCGGCGAUGUCCGACAAUCAAGCAUCACUCCGAAGCUUCGCUGCUGGAAGCCAUGGCUGGCGUAACCGCCACUUAAGAAUGCGCGCGGCCUCGUGCCGCGAAAGAAUCGAAUCUGGUAGUCUAAUUGUCUCCUUUGUACCGGGAGAGCGGUCGCAAGACCAGGAGGUUGAUAAUCACGGACGGGUGUUGAGUAGGCUCUGGUUGACUUCGCAGCUUAAACCGGUGGGUUCAGCCCACAUGUUAGCGGGGUUAGCGUUGCUUGCAGCCAUACCGGAAGUGAAAGCGCAGCCUAGUGGAGAUGCGGCUUUGGAGUACUAUGGAUGGUUUAGCUGGUUGGUUAGGUGGAUACUUACCGGGGUCGGUUUAGCUUUAGCUUGGUGGUUUGUGUUUCGCAACGCGGAUGCGGACAAUCUCGAGGAGCAACCGCUUGAAAUAUCCCAAGAGUCUGGCGUGCACGAGCUAGCUUGUCAGGGUGAUCAUGGGUUGUUUGAUUCGGACGCACCGGGUGUGAUUGACAUUGGCCAUGAGCCAGAGGACUCUGAAGAUGAGGAUUCGGAUGUGUUUGACCCCGACGAGUAUGGCCCCUUGCCAUCUUGGUUCUCCGGUGCUGAGGAUGCGGAUCUGGUCCAAGGGGACGAGGAACCGGUAUUUCCCCUGGUUCCCGUCAGUGGUGAGCUUACUGAGUUCCCCUAUGUCAUUUGGGCUCCUUCGGACUUUGUUCAUUACCUGAGACGAUUGCUGGCUUUGAACGGCGCCACAUUGUUGAGCUUGCUUGGUAACCAGUCGGUCGAAUGGGUGCGGCUGAGGACCGUGUCGAGAUCCUUUCAAUCUGGGGUCGUGCUUGCUUUAGUGGUAUGGCUUCAGGGUCGAGGGAUGAUUAGCCGAAUGCUUGACGGUCCAGUGUCCUAUGACGUAGCCACCGCUUACAUUAGUGGGCGCAUUGCGCCAGAUUCCGAGAGCGAAGAUGAAGCAUUGGAUGAUUAUCCGCAUCGCGAUCCCGCCUACCAACAGCAUCCUCCGGUGCCAGUGUUUGCUCAGAUGUUUCAAGAAGCUUUUGAGGUUGAGGAGCUUGGGCAAGUCGAGGAAGUCGCUGAUAGCUUGAGUCCUUCUGCUCCGGCUGUUACUGGGGUCCGAUACGAAGCUGAAGACGGGUCGUUUGGAAACACGCUGAACGAGGGAGAUUGUCCGAUAGUGUUGGUGAUCGGAAUUGAGUCUUAG